AUGUCACUUACCCAACCACAGGCAAUCUUCAGCGCCAAUGGGACUCUCCAGACGACCAUUUCAUUGGAAUAUGGAACUGUCAACAUUGGCAAUAGCAAUAUGGAACUUCGCUCGCGACUAUUGAAUGGAGGCUUUCCAGGACACACACUUCGAAUCAAGCCAGGAGAUACCUUGAAGAUCGACUUCGAAAACAAUCUGGAGUCCCAAGGCCUGGGAUAUGUUCACAACCAAUAUUCGGCAGCUGACGAAUCCAACUUGCACUUUCAUGGACUCCAUGUAAGUGGAGAGCUGCCAAGUGAUGACGUGACAUACUUUGUAGAGCCUGGCGAAUUCUACAAUUACACCACCACCUUGCCCGACGAUCAUAUGCCAGGGACAUUUUGGAUGCAUCCCCAUCGCCACGGCAGUACCACCCUCCAGGUUGGCGGUGGAGCACUGUCAGCCAUUAUCGUGGAGGACGAGCCUGGAAGUCUGCCUCAGCAGGUGGAAGAUGCUACUGAAAUUAUUCUCGUCGCUCAUUACAUGAACAUUGGUGAGUUUGCAGCGAUCACUCGGGCAUCCAGCGACCCACUCUUUGGGAUGACCAACACUCCUCCAGGGGAUUUCAUCACGAUCAACGGCCAGCUCAAUCCCACCAUUUCUACACGAGCUGGAGAAUGGAUGCGAUUUCGAGUCAUUUGGAACAAUUUCUUUGAAGGCAGCCUGGAUAUGCGGAUCGACGGCUGUGAAAUGCAGCUAUUAGCCAAGGAUGGCAUAUACAUUCGUGACUUUCCAAGGUCGAUUGGAUUCGCUCCCAUCGUUCCUGGUGGUCGAGCUGACAUUAUGGUCCGUUGUCUGGAACCAUCCAGGACCUACGAUAUCACCGGACUCGGUAGUCCCAUGGCCUCCAUCGUCACGACUUCAGAUUCUGCGGUAGGUUCCAGCAAGCUCGAGCCCUGGGUUCCAGAUUAUCCCGAGUAUUUGACCGAUUUGCGAGGAGUUGCUGCUAGUCCAGGUUGUGGGUGUACCACUCAAAUGUUCGGAACCUUGGUCAACAAUAUGCCAUAUGCCACGAACCAAAUUCUUCAUACCUCUUACAUUGGAGCAGUUGUGGAACGGACCUUAGAUGUUGAUGACCACCCAUAUCAUCAACACGUGUAUCCCUAUCAACUUGUCUCUGGCUUCGACGGAUACGACCAAGUUGGAGACUGGCACGACACCGUGAUGGGAAAUGGUGUUAUAAGGUAUGUUCCAACCGAGUAUACGGGGAAAAUAAUGGUCCAUUGCCACAAGUUGAUUCACGAGGAUCUAGGGAUGAUGGCGAUCGAGAAUGUGACUUCGACUGGCACGUGCACCUGUACAGCACCUGCUGACUUUACAGCUGCUAUCGCUGGGGGUUCUGUAGCUUUGGUGUCAGUCAUAGCCCUUGCAGUCUAUUGUUGCAUUCGUCGUCGCCGCCGCCGUCGUCAACGCGAAGCCUCUGAAGAAGAAACGGAUGCACCGGACAACAAAAGUAGAGCCUUGGUGGCAGAGGACUCCAAUGGGACCACCGAAAGCAACGACGUGGAACCGCAAAUUUCAACAAAAGGUUCGGUAUCAUCUGGUUUUAAAACGCCUCAUCUUUAA